CUAUUUAAAUUUGUUUACAAUUUAAUCAAUUUUUCAUUUUGCUUCAUCUUGCCAGAUUUGUUGGUGCUCUGUUGUAACAUCCUAUCCAAAACCAAACGAUUUAAAAGUCGAUAUGUUUCCAAGUAUUUUCUGUAUUGGAUUGUUUUUAUUUAAUAUCCAGUUUAUUAGUGGUGCCAUUCCUUCGUACUUAAAAGUAUGUCACAGAGGACCGGGAUUCAGCGAAUGCGCUGUUGCGGAUGCCAACGAAGUAUUGCCACAUUUAUUAAAAGGCGAAAGGCAAAUGAAAAUUCCGAACAUGAUCCCUAUGAAUUUUCCCGAAGUCCAAAUUGAUGCGGGACCAAAUUUGAAAAUUGCACUGUACAACUUGGACAUUUAUGGACUUGAUACGAUGAUUAUAGAUGAUUUCCAGAUCGAUUUUGACAAGCUUCAUGUAAUGCUUGCCAUGCAUGCUAAACAGGUAUCUUUAAUAGGUACAUAUGAUAUUGAUGGACAAAUUAUGGUACUACCCAUUCAAGGAAAGGGACCAUGUAAUUUGACAAUUGUGAAUCCAGAGUUUGUAUACCAAUUUGACUACAAGCUGGUACAGAAAAAUGGAGGUGAGCAUGCUGAAGUCUUAGAAAGUUCUCUGGACUUCAAUAUUCCAAAGACGUAUAUAAAUUUGGAGAAUCUAUUUAAUGGAAAUAAACAAAUGGGCGACCAUGUAAACGAAUUCUUGAACGAAAACGAUAAAGAGUUCAUCAACGAAAUAUCCGGAGCUGUCAAGGGUACCAUUUCAGCUAUAGGUCAACAAUUCUUCCAAGGGAUAUUUGACAGCAUUCCAUACGACGAGUUGUUCCUCGUAUAAUAUACAUGUACCUAUUUUUUAUAUUUUUUAAUUUUUUAUAUUUUAUUUAGUGUUAUUUAAUAGUACAAAUAUGUUUA